UGAGCCCAGGGGUCGGACAACGCCCACCGUUUGUAAAUCCCUGCUUUCAGGUUCACGAGACAGAGAGAGAGAGAGAUAGAGAGAGAGGGGGUGACAGAGAGAUCCUCCGUCCGGCUAUCCUCACAUCGAUUUCUCGCAUAAUCUGUUUGCUUUGCUUCAGUGGAUCUCGGCCAUCUUCAGUUUGAUCUCGCUUACAAUCCGUUCCUCUUUGCAUCAUUGUGGAACCGCAGGAUUUCAUUGUACCGGAGAUUUGUUCUGUUAGGUGUGUUGAGGUUUUGCUAAAGGUUGGAAGAAGGAAGGGGGAUUAAACUCUGCAUCUCGGCGGGAGAGGAAAUGGGGAGAGUUCUGAUUGUUUCCUUGGUGUUACUUUUUGCUGCUGUACACAUAGUCUGCGUCUCAUCAUUUCCCAAGACAGCUCCUGCUUUUCUUUGGACUCGGUAUCGCCAUGGAUCAAAUAACGGCCUCAAGGAGGUGGUAGACUAUCGUACACUCACAUCAAAGGAUUUAGCCCAGUCUGUUCUUUCCGAAGGUGGAUGGUCAGACAUUCUGUGCUCUUCUGGGAGGCAAAGUGAACCUGUGGAUAUUGCGCUACUCUUUGUUGGAAAAGAGUUGCAUUCUGCAGAUAUAUCAAAAAAGAGACAUGGAGUUCGCAAGCUUCUGGAGUUACUUGAGGCAUCAUUUACAGGAUCAAAUUUUUCUUUAGCACUCCCAUUUGUUGCUGCGGAUCACAAUAAGCAGACAUUGGAAAAUUUUCUAGUUUCAAGCUUCACUGAUCAUUGUGGGAACUCACGACCAAAUGAUAUUACUUUCUUCCAAUCUUGUGCUUUGGAGAAUAAGGCGUUCAAGAGGCUGGCUGGUCCCAGUGCAUUCAAUGACUUUGUAAAGACGAGGAUGAACUCGAGACAGAAUGAACACACAGACUUGAUUGUGUUCUGUGAUGAUGUAGCUGAUUAUUCUGAAAAGAGUGAUACUGAAGGUGCCAUUCUAUCUGAAUUGAUCUCUUCCAUGGAGGACACUGGUGCUGCAUACACAAUUCUUUAUGCUUCAGAUCCAUACAUCCCUUUGAAGUUUCCUUAUGGCACCUUGGAGAGGUUUCUUGCUGAGAGCGGCACCGGAAACACUUCGACAAACACCACAUGUGAUGGAGUAUGCCAGAUUAAAUCAUCUCUUUUGGAAGGCGUUUUUGUGGGUAUCGUCCUACUUAUAAUCUUGUUAUCUGGUCUCUGCUGUAUGAUGGGCAUCGAGACUCCCACAAGGUUUGAGACACCUCAAGAGUCCUAAAAUUUAAAUUGUCCCGUGGCAUUAGCCAUAACAUGGAAAUAGCAGCUCACUCUUGGAAUGAUGGUUGGUUCAUUCGGUGCUUGCAUCCUUUUCUUGUGUCUUGAACAAAUGGAGAUCAUAGUUUGAUCAUUAGCCUCGUCGAGCUGAGAGCCAGAUUGUGAAAUUAUUGUAUCGAUGUUUACUAGGACUUUUUAUCUAUUUGGGCUGAUGAAAAUCAUACAUGUACAAUUUUGUCUGGCAAUAAAGUACACGGUAGUUGUGAAGCA